UACGGCACGGCAGAGGUGGCAAGAUGGCCGCGGCUGAGGAGGAAGGUGGUGUUGGGGCUGAAGCCGACCGGGAAUUGGAAGAGCUUCUAGAAAGUGCACUUGAUGAUUUCGAUAAGGCCAAACCCUCUCCAGCACCCCCUCCUACCACCACGGCCCCUGAUGCUUCGGGGUUCCAGAAGAGAUCGCCGGGAGACACUGCCAAAGAUGCCCUCUUCGCCUCCCAAGAGAAAUUUUUCCAGGAACUGUUUGACAGCGAGCUGGCUUCCCAAGCCACUGCAGAGUUUGAGAAAGCAAUGAAGGAGUUGGCUGAGGAAGAGCCCCACCUGGUAGAGCAGUUUCAAAAGCUCUCAGAGGCUGCUGGGAGAGUAGGCAGUGAUGCGACUUCCCAACAAGAAUUCACUUCUUGCCUAAAGGAGACAUUAAGUGGACUAGCCAAGAAUGCCACUGACCUUCAGAACUCUGGCAUGUCAGAAGAGGAGCUGACCAAGGCCAUGGAAGGGCUGGGCAUGGACGAAGGAGACGGGGAAGGGACCAUCCUCCCCAUCAUGCAGAGUAUCAUGCAAAACCUCCUGUCCAAGGAUGUGCUGUACCCGUCACUGAAGGAGAUCACAGAAAAGUAUCCAGAAUGGUUACAAACUCACCGAGAAUCUCUACCUCCAGAGCAGUUUGAAAAAUACCAGGAACAACACAGUGUCAUGGGCAAAAUAUGUGAGCAGUUUGAGGCAGAAACCCCCACAGAUAGUGAGGCCACUCAAAAGGCUCGUUUUGAGAUGGUGCUGGAUCUCAUGCAGCAGCUACAGGAUUUGGGCCAUCCUCCAAAAGAGCUUGCUGGGGAGAUGGUGACCUGGGUCCUUUUCUGUGGGAACCAGUGAAUCUAUAGACCUUGGCUGCCACAUGUUGGCUGGCUGCAGUAAACAUCAUUCAAGAUGUCCAGCAAAGGGAGCAGCACAGAUGGCAAAACAGACUUAGCUAAUGGAAGCCUGUCUAGCAGUCCAGAGGAGAUGUCUGGUGCUGAGGAGGGGAGGGAGACAUCUUCAGGCAUUGAAGUGGAGGCCUCAGACCUGAGCUUGAGCUUGACCGGGGAUGAUGGUGGCCCCAACCGCACCAGCACAGAAAGUCGAGGCACAGAUACAGAGAGCUCAGGUGAAGACAAGGACUCUGACAGCAUGGAGGACACUGGCCAUUACUCCAUCAAUGAUGAAAACCAAGUCCAUGACCGCUCAGAGGAAGAAGAGGAUGAAGAAGAGGAGGAAGAAGAGCAUCCUCGUCGUCGUGUACAGCGCAAGCGGGCCAACCGUGACCAGGACUCAUCAGAUGAUGAGCGGGCCCUGGAGGACUGGGUGUCCUCGGAGACCUCAGUCCUGCCCCGACCUCGCUGGCAAGCCCUUCCUGCCCUUCGGGAGCGGGAGCUGGGUUCAAGUGCCCGCUUUGUGUAUGAGGCUUGUGGGGCAAGAGUCUUUGUGCAGCGUUUCCGCCUGCAGCAUGGGCUUGAGGGCCAUACUGGUUGUGUUAAUACCCUGCACUUUAACCAGCGCGGCACCUGGCUGGCCAGUGGCAGCGAUGACCUGAAAGUGGUGGUUUGGGACUGGGUGCGGCGACAGCCAGUAUUGGACUUUGAGAGCGGCCACAAAAGCAAUGUCUUCCAGGCCAAGUUCCUUCCUAACAGUGGUGAUUCCACCCUGGCCAUGUGUGCCCGUGAUGGGCAGGUUCGGGUAGCAGAGUUGUCUGCUACACAGUGCUGCAAGAAUACAAAGCGUGUGGCCCAGCACAAGGGAGCAUCCCACAAGUUGGCCCUGGAACCAGACUCUCCCUGUACGUUCCUGUCUGCAGGUGAAGAUGCAGUUGUCUUCACCAUUGACCUCAGACAAGACCGGCCAGCUUCGAAGCUGGUGGUGACAAAAGAAAAGGAGAAGAAGGUGGGGCUGUAUACAAUCUAUGUGAAUCCUGCCAAUACCCACCAGUUUGCAGUGGGUGGACGAGAUCAGUUUGUAAGGAUUUAUGACCAGAGGAAAAUUGAUGAGAAUGAAAACAAUGGAGUACUCAAGAAAUUCUGCCCUCAUCACCUGGUGAACAGUGAGUCCAAAGCAAACAUCACCUGUCUUGUGUACAGCCACGACGGCACAGAGCUCCUGGCCAGUUACAAUGAUGAAGACAUUUACCUCUUCAACUCCUCUCACAGUGAUGGGGCCCAGUAUAUUAAGAGAUAUAAGGGCCACAGAAAUAACGCCACAGUAAAAGGCGUCAAUUUCUAUGGCCCCAAGAGUGAGUUUGUGGUGAGCGGUAGUGACUGCGGGCACAUCUUCCUCUGGGAGAAAUCAUCCUGCCAGAUCAUUCAGUUCAUGGAGGGGGACAAGGGAGGUGUGGUAAACUGUCUUGAGCCCCACCCUCACCUGCCUGUGCUGGCAACCAGUGGCCUAGACCAUGAUGUCAAGAUCUGGGCACCCACAGCUGAAACUUCCACUGAACUUACAGGGUUAAAGGAUGUGAUUAAGAAGAACAAGCGGGAACGGGAUGAAGAUAGCUUACACCACACUGACCUAUUUGAUAGUCACAUGCUCUGGUUCCUCAUGCAUCACCUGAGACAAAGACGCCAUCACCGGCGCUGGCGAGAACCUGGGGUUGGGGCCACAGACGCAGACUCGGAUGAGUCUCCCAGCUCCUCAGAUACAUCGGACGAGGAGGAGGGCCCUGACCGGGUGCAGUGCAUGCCAUCCUGAGGCCUCGUACCCAGGAGGGGCAGGCUGGGGCUGCCAACCCGAUCCUGCCUGGGCAGCCCUUUCCUGUCCUAGGCUCUAACAUUCAGCAGAAACGCACUUUGGACUUUUUUGCUUUAGAUUAAAAAAAAAAAAAGAAAAAAAAAAGAAAAAAAAAAAAAGACAUCCCAGGAGGACAAGCCAGAGGGGAGCAAACCUACAGAGUAUCUAGAAGUGGGGAUUGAGCCCUGGAAUUGGGGUUCCAUGGAGAGGUGCAUAGGACUCAUCAGAAAUGGCCUCUCCCCAAAGCCUUUUUUUUUUUUGAGAGGGGGGAGCCUAUUUUGUUAACUGGUUUGGGGUAGGGAAUGGGGUUUCCUUUUCUUUGAUCUCCCUUGUUUCUUGGGUGGGGGGUGGGGGGAUAACUGGCUGUUCAGUACCAAGGGGCCAGACUGUGGGUGGUAGAAAUGCCACUCUCUCUUUGGUUUAGGUUUUUGACUUAAUUUUCUUUAUUUUUAAAAAUUCUAUGACAGUCGCAUUGUUUUUUCUUCCCCCUGAGCAACCAACCCCAUCCCAGGAUCCUGUUUUUCUGGGGAGUCCUUAGAGCCCCUAACCAUCCCACACUCUUCACUUUCUUUUCCACCCCAUUCAUUCUCUGUACUUAUCACAGUGUUUUGCACUUGAUUAUGUAUCCUUCCCUCUCUUAUCUUCAUCCCAUCACCCCCUCAGUAGGUCUGGUGAGGGAGGUUGGGGGGAGGUGGGAGGAGGGACAGAAGUGAAAGAAUAGGAAGGUCGUUACCUCUUCUGUUACUUAAAAAAAAAAAAGUUGUUUGGUGGCAGCAAUCUCCCUGUCCCUAUCACUGUUAGAGGCCUAAUUUUAUAUCUAUAAAUAUAUUAAAAAGCAAGUCAAAAUUG